GUCCGUUCAGCCAAGCAGCCCACCCUCCGCCCAGCCUGGAAGCAUUUAGGUACCUUAUAAUUUCUUGACUUUGUAUUUUUUCUUCUUCCUUCUCAUCAAUUCACCUCAUCACCUACAUCCUAGCAGAACCCUUAGAAAAUACCUUGAUACACAUAAGACGUUAAUAUGGCCAUCAAGAAGAUCCACGCUCGUUCUGUCUACGACUCUCGUGGCAACCCUACCGUAGAGGUUGACGUUGUCACUGAGACCGGUCUUCACCGUGCCAUCGUUCCUUCUGGAGCUUCCACCGGUCAGCAUGAGGCUUGUGAGCUCCGUGACGGUGACAAGAGCAAGUGGGGUGGCAAGGGUGUUACCAAAGCCGUCGAGAAUGUCAACAGCAUCAUCGCCCCUGCCGUCAUCAAGGAGGGUCUUGAUGUAAAGGACCAAAGCUCGGUUGACAAGUUCCUCAACGGCCUUGACGGAACACCGAACAAGACGAAACUUGGUGCCAACGCUAUCUUGGGUGUCAGUCUGGCCAUUGCCAAGGCUGGUGCUGCUGAGAAGGGUGUACCACUAUACGCCCACGUCUCGGACCUUGCCGGCACCAAGAAGCCCUAUGUCCUUCCCGUUCCUUUCAUGAACGUCUUGAACGGUGGUUCCCACGCUGGUGGCCGAUUGGCCUUCCAAGAGUUCAUGAUUGUCCCUUCUGCCGCUCCUUCUUUCACCGAGGCUAUGCGUCAAGGUUCUGAGGUCUACCAAAAGCUAAAGUCCCUUGCCAAGAAGAAGUACGGCCAAUCUGCGGGCAAUGUCGGAGACGAGGGUGGUGUCGCCCCGGAUAUCCAGACUGCCGCCGAGGCUCUUGACCUUAUUACCGAUGCUAUUGAGCAGACUGGUUACACAGGCCAGGUGAAGAUCGCUAUGGAUGUUGCAUCCAGCGAGUUCUACAAGGAGGACGUCAAGAAGUACGACCUCGACUUCAAGAACCCUGAGAGCGACCCCACCAAGUGGCUCACAUACGAAGAGUUAGCCGCUCUGUACGCCGACCUAGCCAAGAAGUACCCCAUUGUCAGCAUUGAGGAUCCCUUCGCUGAGGACGACUGGGAGGCCUGGAGCUACUUCUACAAGACCCAAGACAUCCAAAUCGUCGCUGACGACUUGACGGUCACCAACCCUAUCCGUAUCAAGAAGGCUAUUGAGCUCAAGGCUUCCAACGCCCUGCUCCUGAAGGUUAACCAGAUCGGAACUCUAACUGAGUCCAUCCAGGCUGCCAAGGACUCCUUUGCUGACGGCUGGGGUGUCAUGGUUUCUCACCGUUCUGGUGAGACCGAGGACGUCACCAUUGCCGACAUUGUCGUCGGUAUCCGAGCGGGCCAGAUCAAGACUGGUGCCCCUGCUCGUUCCGAGCGUCUCGCCAAGCUUAACCAAAUCCUCCGUAUCGAGGAGGAACUCGGAGACAACGCCAUCUAUGCGGGCGAGAACUUCCGCAAGGCUGUCAACCUAUAGAACAUUUAGGAACUGGGGGAAAAUACCCAUGAUACGCGCUUAAUAUGUUUACGAUCAUGAUGGGGAUGACUGGGGGCGGUUAGCUCGGGAAAAAACGGUCACCUAGAAUAUUACCAGCUCGUACAUUCUGAAUUGAAAUGAAAAUGUGCUACCAUCUUUUAAUUGCCGCCGUCCCUUCUGUGCGAAUAGGACAAAUGGAUU